AACAAACAAAAACAGAAGAGAAGUAAUCAGGGACCAGAGUCCGACUCACAGUCUCCUUGUUAACUCCGCCCUUUUCAGUGGACGGACCUCUCAAAGAAAACAUUUCUUCAUUUCCUCCAUCAAUAUAUAUACAUAUACACUCCCACCUGUCUGUCUCUAUACUCUAUAAUCCCUCUCUUUUUUUUUCUCUCUCUCUCUGUUUCUUUCAAAAUGCAAUCCACACUUUCUUUAUCAUCAUCAUCAGCAGCAGCUGGGAUCACAAUCAGAUCCAACGGUGGAGCAAACGACGCGUUCAAUACUGCUACUGCUACUACUCCUAAUCAGCUCCGAUUUUGUGGACUUAGAAAAGAAGCUUUUUCCGGCUGCAAAUCAGCUAAAAACAAUGCAGUUUUGGUUAAGAGAUUUCGACGGAAAUCGGAAGUUGUUUUCGCUUCGUUGUCGGGUAAUGGAAAUGGAAGCACGUCGUCUGCUGGCGGUUUUGAUUAUGAUUUAGUUAUUAUUGGUGCUGGUGUUGGUGGUCAUGGUGCUGCUCUUCAUGCUGUUGAAAAGGGUCUAAAAACUGCCAUUAUUGAAGGAGAUGUGGUUGGCGGAACAUGUGUUAACCGUGGUUGUGUGCCUUCCAAAGCUCUUCUUGCUGUAAGUGGUCGCAUGAGGGAGCUUCAAAAUGAACACCACAUGAAGUCUUUUGGUUUACAGGUUGCAGCUGCUGGUUAUGACAGACAGGGGGUUGCUGAUCAUGCUGAAAAUCUCGCCACCAAAAUUCGAAAUAAUUUGACCAAUUCAAUGAAAAAUCUUGGCGUUGACAUAUUGACAGGUUUUGGAGCUGUUGUGGGUCCACAGAAGGUAAAAUAUGGAACAGUUGGGGGCACUGAGACAGUUAUUACUGCAAAAGAUAUAAUUAUAGCUACUGGAUCAGUACCAUUUGUCCCUAAGGGAGUUGAAGUUGAUGGUAAGACGGUAAUUACCAGUGAUCAUGCGCUAAAAUUAGAGACGGUACCAGAGUGGAUAGUUAUUGUUGGAAGUGGUUAUAUUGGUCUUGAAUUCAGUGAUGUUUAUACUGCACUUGGAAGUGAGGUGACGUUUGUAGAAGCUUUGGAUCAGCUAAUGCCUGGAUUCGACCCUGAAAUUGGAAAGCUGGCUCAAAGAGUUCUCAUAAAUCCUCGAAAGAUUGACUAUCAUACUGGUGUAUUUGCAACCAAGAUCACUCCAGCAAAGGAUGGUAAUCCUGUAAGAAUUGAACUUAUUGAUGCCAAGACAAAAGAACCAAAAGAUACAUUGGAGGUAGAUGCUGCUCUAAUUGCAACUGGAAGGGCUCCAUUUACGCAAGGGCUUGGUUUGGAGAGUGUGAAUGUGGAAACACAACGUGGUUUUAUCCCUGUUGAUGAGCGCAUGCGAGUGAUUGAUUCAAAGGGAGAAUUAGUUCCUCACUUGUAUUGUAUUGGUGAUGCUAAUGGGAAAAUGAUGCUUGCUCAUGCAGCAAGUGCUCAGGGAAUUUCAGUUGUUGAGCAAGUUUCUGGAAAAGAUCAUGUUCUAAAUCAUCUGAGCAUCCCUGCUGCAUGUUUUACACAUCCUGAAAUUAGUAUGGUUGGGUUAACAGAGCCCCAAGCAAGAGAAAAAGCUGAGAAGGAAGGAUUUGAAGUUAGCAUUGCCAAGACUAGCUUCAAGGCUAACACUAAAGCCCUUGCUGAAAAUGAAGGAGAGGGGAUUGCUAAGAUGAUCUAUAGACCUGAUAAUGGAGAGAUCCUUGGGGUUCAUAUAUUUGGGAUGCAUGCUGCUGAUCUUAUCCAUGAAGCGUCAAAUGCUAUUGCUCUAGGAACACGUAUCCAGGACAUCAAGUAUGCUGUUCAUGCCCAUCCAACCUUAUCUGAAGUGAUCGAUGAACUGUUCAAAUCAGCAAAGGUUAAAAGCGACGUUCCUAGUGCCGUUGCUGAACCAGUUGCAGUCUAAGCUCGUUGAUGGAUUUUAUCAUGAAGCCGUGGAUCGAUCCUAGAGUGCAAACGCCUAGAGACAUUUAUCUGGAGCACAGGAUAGAACUCAUCAAGAGAUAGCUUUUUUCUUUUAAAAUUUUUUGUUGUCAAAAAAUGGCAAACUAUGCUGCAUAUAGAACCUGGAAUUUUUGAAUAAGAGAGCGUGAUUAAGGUUUGUGGUGAAAUAAUCAAGUUAAUUAAAGCUAGGUAUAAAGUCUGUAAUUUUAGCUUCAUUUAUGUCAUCAGUUUCAUCUUACUAUAAAA